AGUUUCCUGGCUGAACACACCAGCCCAAUACUUAAAGAGAGCAGCUCCUGACUCCGAUAGACACCUGAUGGGCCCACAGGGGUGACAGUCCAGGCGGACUGAUCUUCCCAUCCCACAUCCUCCCAGCGUGAUGCCAAGAAAAGGCUGACUGCAACUGGGCCUUCUGCAGAGAAAGACCUCCUCUUGACUGCCCCGGCUGCUCCCAAGGGCCAGGAAGAUGGAUUCACACCUGCUGAUGUGGGGACUGCUCACGUUCAUCAUGGUGCCCGGCUGCCUGGCAGAGCUCUGUGAUGAUGACCCGCCGAAGAUCACAUAUGCCACGUUCAAAGCCUUGGCCUACAAGGAAGGGACCAUGUUGAACUGUGAAUGCAACAGAGGGUUCCGCAGAAUAAAAAGCGGGUCACCCUACAUGCUCUGUACAGGAAACUCUAGCCACGCGUCCUGGGAGAACCAGUGUCAGUGCAUAAGCUCUUCCCCUAGGAACACAACAAAGCAAGUGACACCUCAACCUGAAGAGCAGAAAGAGAGAAAAACCACAGAAGUGCACAAUCCAAGGCAGCAGGUGGACCAAUCGCGCCUUCCAGGUGAAGAGGAGCCUCAGGCAAGCCCCGACAGCCUUCUUGAGAGUGAGACCUCCUGCCUCAUCACAACGACAGAUUUUCAGAUACAGACAGAAGUGGCUGCGACCAUGGAGACGUUCAUACUUACAACGGGGUACCAGCUAGCAGUGGCCGGCUGUGUUUUCCUGCUGAUCAGCGUCCUCCUCCUGAGUGGGCUCACCUGGCGGCAGAGACGGAGGAAGAGUAGAAGAACAAUCUAGAAAACCAAAAGAACGAGAACUUCUUGGUGAGAAGCCAAGAACAGACAACAGAAGUCAUGAGGCACCAAGCGAAAUCAGGAGCUGAACACUUGCCCAGGAGACAUCCCCUGUGCUCACCUGGGUUUUGGAAGCUCUGAAGUCACAUCGCAGGACACGGGGCAGUGGCAACCCUGUCUCUACGCCAGCUCAGUCCCAUCAGAGAGCGAGCACUACCCACUUCCAAAGAGCAAUCCCGUCAUUGAAGAAAAGGGCAAAACCACCAGAACUCUCCAUCCUAUUUACAUGUAUAUGUGUCAUUAAAGCCUGAAUGGUAUGGACCUCUCUCCAUGCUCUAUGUAGUAUAGAGAAAAGUAGGUUUACAUUAAUGUCGUCCCAACUCUCCAGUUCAGGAAUCCCAAGGAAAGCCCUCGCACUAAUGUGAAUGCACAACACACACACUCUACCCUACAUAGCUAGACAGCGUCCUUCUGGCUCCUUCCUCAGCCGCUUCUGACUGCUGACUGUCCCGUUAACAUCGCCUCGUGAACAUCCUUUAAGAGCUAUGGGUUGUCACCCAGAAAUCGUUUUACCCUUGGCUCGAUUCUCUAAGCUGACCCCCUUCUACUGAGCCUUCAGUCUUGAAUUUCUAAAGAACAGAGGCCAUGGCAGAAUAAUCUUUGUAACUUCAAAACAGGGCAGCCAAGCCCAUGAGGCAAUGUCAGGAACAGAAGGAUGAAUGAGGUCCCAGGCAGAGAAUCGUACUUAUCAAGGUUUUACUUGUGCAUUACUGAGAGGCCUCUUGAAGAGUUAGUUUCCCAGGGAUUGCUAUGAAUAAUACUCUGAAUUUGGCCUGCACUCAUCUGAUGUUUACAGGUGAACAUACAAACAUCAGUGUGUACAUUUUCUAAUAAGUGUCUAAGAACACUGAAAAGGGAUCAGCACAUUCAAUGUUUAUGGAAGGAAGGAAAGAAAGAAGGAAGUGAAAAGGGAGAAGGGAAGAAGGUCAUACUGGUGGAAUGUAACCAUGGAAAAGAGCACAUCAGGCCAGGCAUGGUGGCUCAGGCCUGUAAUCCCAGCUCCCUAGGAGACCAAGGUGGGAGGAUCUCUUGAGGCCAGGAGUUUGAGACCAGCCUGGACAACAUAGCAAGACCUCAUCCCUACAAAAAAUUAAAAAUUGGCUGGAUGUGGUGUCAUGCACCUGUAGUUCCAGCCACUCAGGAGGCUGAGGCAGGAGGAUCGCUUGAGCCCAGGAGUUCGAGGCUGCAGUCAGCCAUGAUGGCACCACUGUACUCCAGCGUGUGCAACAGAGCAAGGCCCUAUUUUUAAGGAAAAAAAAAGAAAAGAAGAGCAUGUCAGCAGUCCUCGAACAUUACCAAAAAGUUCAGCAUAUCAGAAUCACCUGGAGGCCUUGUUAAAACAGUUCGCUGGACUGAUCUCCAGAAUUUCUGAGUCAUCGGUCUGGGAGAGAGCCAAAGGGUUUGCAUUUCUAACAGUUCCCAGGUGCUGCUGCCGCCGCUAUUCAGGGAACACACUUUGAGAACCGUUGUGUUAUCCCUCUGCACACCCACCCAGUCUCAACUCCCACGAAAAACUCAGCUUCAGGAGCUGAGAUUCCAGUGCGCGCCCUGGUUCCAUGUCUGGUGUUACAGCUCCCUCACAAAUGCGCCAAGUGGACAUUCUAGCUCAGCAACAUCACACAGUUAGGGACAUGAAUGGAAAUUAUUCAUUCAUGAAACUAUCAGCCAGUUUUCAUUUCUGAAGGGGCAGGAGAGUGUUAGGAAAAAUAACGGGCAUUUUUCAGCAGGGUCCAGGUUCAGAUUAAAGAACUAUUUCUGUCUUUUUGAUGACCAACCACAUGCAGACUCACCUAUGCACCCUCCCCUUCCCCCUUCAGGUAUAUGUUUUCUAAGCUGAAAAGAAUCUCAGACCAAAAUAUAUAUAUAUGUAUGUAUAUAUAUGUAAAUCUUACUUGAGAAGAAUUGAAUUACUCCUUUUGAGUGUUGAGUGGUCUAUAUGAUCAAAACUUUUCCAUGAUAAUACUAAGGUGUUAUUGACCAUUUCAUUCUCCUUCUCUCAAAAAGGUACGGUGGAAUUUUCCAGACGCUAUGUGAUAUGUGGUGGUGAUGUCAUCACUCUGCUGUUAAUAUAUAAUCAAUUUAUUGCUAUUGUUUAUAAAUGAAUAAAUGAUAUUUUUUAAAAA